UUUAAAUUAAUUAUAUUUUGAGUGUUUUUAAUUAAUAUAUGUUGUUUUUUUGGAUUUUCACGAUAACUUAUUAAAUAAAUCCCCCCCCCCCCCCUCUCCCGAACUUUCAAUCCUGACUCCGCCCCUGAUCAUGACAGUGAUUUCAUAAGUAAAAAUUAAAUAUGAAUAAGGGUAUUUCAUUUCAGCAAACAUAACUUUUACUAAAAAAUAAAAUUUGCACAAAAAAAUAUAAUUCAUUUUCUAAAUUGAUGGAACUACACCAAACACAAGAAUUGGAAUUAGAAUUCUGAAAAUAUUAGAAAUGAAAAUGAAAUUCCAUUUUGAAUUCCUUUGGAAUUCUAUCCAAAUAGGCUGUUAGGAUGGAAGAAUAAUAAAAAAUAAAAAGGAAAUAAGCCUUAAUAUUACACAUUACAAAAGACCACAAAAUUACUAUUUCGGGCCAAAAAAAAAAAACAAAACAACCAUAAGCUAUCCAUUUAAGGUUUAGUCUUUACAAUAACAACCAACAUUGCUAAAAUAUGGUACGCCUACUUUACAUAUAAUAAAAUACUGGGUGCGCCUAUGGUGACAUGCAUGUCACCGUAACUUGCACUUUUCGGUCGACCUCAGAUAGGGUUAGGUCGACCUAACAUGUUGUUUCAGUGUAAAAAUAGUUUCAUGGUGCCUGCUUUCGAGAUUCAUAUCUUACAAUUGGCUCGAUGGAAAUUGGAGAUUAAUGGCUUGUUUUGAAGCUGAAGUGUCCCUCUACACAUUGAAGUGUUUGGAAGUUUGAUAGGAAGUGUAGAAGAUCAUUUUUGAACCUGAUCAAAAGGCUAUGCCAAAAUUGGGAAACAUGCUGAAAAUGGCUAAGUCUGGGAAAGUGUUUGUGAAGCCUACUUUGGAGCUCAAUUCGAGAAGCAUGGAUGAGAUUCGAGUCCAGAAGCCUUUACCACAUGAAAGUAGGUAUGUUUAUCUACAAAGUCAAGGCAUUGGAUGAAAUAUUGGAUAUCUUUAAGGCUUCAAACAAAAGGCUUGAAGUUGCUACGAAAUAAGCUGUCUUCUAUCAUAAGACUGAAACGGCAGAUUAGGUCGAUCUAAAAGUGCGAGUUACGAUGACAUGCAUGUCACCGUAGCAAAGUCCUAAAAUAUUUUACAAUACUUUACAUAUAAUAAAAUAUGUUUGUGUAUUUUCCACCGUAUAUAAAUUGAUGCUAUGUCUAGAAAUAACUAAAUGUAGUAAAUAAUGUUGAACUUAAAAAUAUCUCAAUUUAGUUUACAAUAAUAGCCAUAAAAUAUAGUAUAUUAACUACUUAAAAUAUUACUAAAUGUAUAAAUAAUGUUCAAACUUAUUAAUUUACCUGAUUAAAUAUGAAUACUAAGCAUGUUAUGUGGCAUUUCUAUAUAUUUAGUAUGAGAACAAUCAAAUAAAUGGGAAAAAUAAAAUGAUUUCACAAUAGAUACAUUUUAUAUGCAUAUUAAACAAAAUAUUUACUAACUACACCACCACCUCAUUUAAAAUAAAUGGGAAAUCAUAAAAUGAAGAAAAUUUUAUGGACAAUUAGAAACAAAAUAAACCAUUGCAUAUUACCUUUCAACUUUACCUAGCUCAAUAUCCCAUAAGUUAUAAUAUAAGAUACACAUAUAUUAUGCAAUAUCCAUUUUAUUUUAACGUAAUUAAAUAUGUACUUAUAUUAAUUCAACUUAAUGUAGGAUUUACCGAAUAAAGUUCUUCAGCGAUUCGGGUUGGUAGCUGCAAAAUGGUAACGACCUUGAAUUUCAUCGCACGUAGCAUUUUAACAAAGAGAAACUCCUAUGUUAAAAAUUGUGCAACUAACGGGUCAGAAUAGGGGUGGCAUCAGUCAAUUCGUUCCAUAAAAGAUGAAAUAAAUUUAGGACCCGACUAAAAACAAAGAAAAAAUGAGGACCACACUCAUACUAAAAAAUGUUUCAUUCAUUUGGUUUGAUUCGGCCCGGUCUCAAUACUAUUUCGGUUCGUUACUUCUACAUACUUAAAAUAAGUCAUAGGAAAAAUGUGAAUCAAAAUAUAUUCACUCCAACCCAAAUAUUGAUUCGGUACUAUUCGAUCCGGUCUAAACCAAGUGAAGAGAAUGUUGGAUCAGGCCCAAAUACAAUGCCAAAAAUAAAUUAACAGACAAGCCAACCCAAGCCCAACAUUACACAUGCAACAAGUGGGAGAACUAAUUUGGACAUUGAAACCCUACUCCUAAAUCCCCCUUCCCCGCCACCGAAACACACACCAAGAAAAUAAAAUAAAAAAUAUCAAAACCGGUUGCCACUUCCUAUAAUGCAAUUCCCCUCUACUACGUUCUUCUCGGCUGUUCGAUGGAAGGAAUCUUCAAUCUCCUUCCGUUGCAAAAUAACAAGUACUCCUACCCAAUUAUUACACAAUCACAUCAUAUUCCACCAGUAGGUAGGAAUGGCAAUGGGGCAGGUCCGGGGUGGGUUUCUUGGUACACAGACCCGCCCCAUGGCAGGUCGGGUACAGGUCGGGUAAUUUAUCACGGGUCAUGGGUCGGGGCAGGUCAACCCAGUGGGUAAGCAAUUUAUAUGAAAAAUAUUAGAAAUGUUCGUUAUUUUUAUUAUAAGACCAUGGAAACAAACAAUAUUAUGAUAAAUAUAGUUAAAUUAUUGGAGAAAUUUAGGUUUUCACUAAUUUACAACUUUAUUAUAGCUAAAAUUUAAUUUAGUAAAAGGAAAAUCCUAAGUAAUUUGACUAAAAUUACGUGUAAUUUAGACAAGAAUGGGUCGAGAAUGGGGCGGGUCAGGGCAGGUCGGGCCUAUGAGAGUACCCAUGCCCGCCCCGCCCCGCCUACGGGGCGGGUCGGACCCGCCCCAAAACAAGUCAAACAGGUCGGGUAAAACGGGUCAGGUCAAAAUUGCCAUCCCUACCAGUAGGAGACGCUUCAUCGACCAAAAAAUCUACCGAUUCACCCGUUACAUGACACCUUUUUGUCUCCCUAAAUACGGAUGAACAAGAGCUCCACAGGCCAACCACACGCAACUAUACAUGGGUUCCAACCAAUUAGCCUCAUUUACAUCGGUGUAAAAUACCAUACUUGCACCUAUAGUGGCAUACCAACCGACACAAAGUCUGACACGGCAAAGGAGACCAACUGCGAGAAUCAAAUCCAGGGUCUCCAGAUUAUGGGAAGCAAUCAACAUUCAACAUCAACAAUGGCAAGCAAUUGCAUUUGGAUAUGAUCCUCAUUGAUGCAUAGGUAUGGCCAGUGUUUUAUCCCAGGAUGAGUGAUUUCAAGCAUAUUGGGGAGGUUAAUGAAAUUAUUCUGACUGUUGUGGAUGUCGAAAUCCAUGAGCUGAAAUAUCAAGGAAUGAGGCAUAGGCUUUCACACAUUAAGGACCUUCUUCCUGGUGCAAACCCCCUCAAUGCAGCAAAAUUGAAUGAAGAAAUUCAACACAUAACUCGAGAUCUCGCCACUGUUGAGGAGGAACUCAAUGAAUCAAAGAAUCCCUUGUCUAGUUUGGGUCCGAUUACCUUGAUGCUGUGAAAUAUAUGAGGUAUCCGUUUUCUGUUCCUUCUGAGGUUCCUCCUGGUGCUAGUGGACCUAUUACCGGAGGGUCUGCAGCCAAAGCGCCUGCUGUUCCUAUUGAUGUUCCGGCUGGUCCUAAUGAACCUAUUACCAGAGGGCCUGCAACCAAAGGACCUGCUGUUCCUAGUGAGGUUCCACCUGUUGCUAAUGAACCUAUUACCAGAGGGCCUGCAGCCAAAGGACCUGCUAUUCCUAGUGAGGUUCCGCCUGUUGCUAAUGAACCUAUUACCAAAGGACCUGCAUCCAGAGCUCCAGCAGCCAAAGGGCCUGCAUCCAGAGGACCUGCUGGCAAGGCGCCAGUUACUGUCAAUGAGCCUGCUGGCAAAGGGCCAAUUGGUGAUGGGAAGCAGGGCUCACCAUGGUUUCCAUCCGAGGAGCUGAAGCUUUUAAAGGCAAUAGAUGUCGAAUCUCCAGAUUAUUUUGGAAAGAUUAAGAGAAAUCAUUUUCCAGGCCCUACAAGAACAGUCGGUAGUUAUCGGACUAAGUGGCAGAAGAUGAGGAAAUUCAAAGAGGAGGAAAUCAAUGCACUUCCAUCGGACAUUGGAAAUCUGCUGCGUGUUCUUAUUCAGAAAUAUCCACCACCUGCAAAAUGAGGUAAACUUUGGUCCUUAACGGAUUGGUUCUUGUCUUUCCCAAUUUGUGGUGCUUGAGGAGCUGACUUUGUAUUCUGAACGAAAAGGUAAUUUUGGGAGGAAGCAAGCAAUUGAUUCUGCGCAAAAGCUACAACCAGGUAAUUGAAUUUAUGUACACUAAUACUAGUUCUGUUUAUUAAGAAUUAAGAUACUAACAUGUAUGCUUAAUAUGCAGAUAAGUGGUGGAAAUGGUUUGGUAUUGAUGCUCCGCAUCUGCAGAAGUUGGCUAUUCGCAUUCUUAGCCAAACUGCUUCUUCUUCUGGCUGUGAACGUAAUUGGAGUGUAUUUGAACGUGUGCACACCAAAAGAAGAAACAAAUUGCAGCACAAAAUGCUUAGUGAUUUGGUGUUUGUGAAUUACAACUUGCGACUGCAGAAUAGGUAUGAAUAAACUUGUGAAUUAUUA